CCGUGACAAAAAUGGCAGCGAAACUUUUGGUUACUGAAAUUGAAAAAUAUUGAUAUUUCACGAUAAAAAGGAGAUUGAAGGUGACCAUACACAGCACUUCCAUUAGCUAAAGUCAGUGACCUCAAUCUAAAGUCCUCUAGAAUGGUUGGAUGUUGGUCCCUCAUACAGCUAGAUGGUGUACAUCGAAACUGAUGCAAACAGCACGUAAUGUACCAAACUGUAUUUGAGUGUCAAGUUUAUAUCUGUAUAAUAAAAUGAGUACAAAGAUGGACGCAGAUUCUACCAUGAGUGACUCGAAGCUCAAAGACAAAACCAGCAAGCGCAAGAAACCGUCACCAAAAAAGCAUGGCUCUUCGAAAAAGGUUCGAAAAACAAAAUCUAAAACCAAGAAAAAAUCUAAGAAAGAUGACUAUGACAGUGAUAGUGACUAUUCUGACUUGGACUUGAGUAAAGAUGUGAAACCGAUUGGUGCUUAUAUUAGGGACAGGGAGGAUAUGAUAGAGCAGAUGUUUAAGGCAGUGAAGGGUCCGACCCUGAAGGGGAUGAUCCCUGACAUUCUCAAAAAGGUAGAGAUCAGUGAUUUAAAGAAACUUUGCUUGGAGCAUUUAGAGGUCAUGUCAAAGAAGAGGAUUCGAAAGAUUCUCAAUGGUCAGGAUCCUGAAACGAUCUCAUCCUCUGGAACAGAGGAUGAGUCAAGUGAUGAGAAUAUGCAGAUUCAGGAUAAUAAUGUGGGAUCUCAGAAUAUUGAUGAUGACGGGGCUGCUGAACAUGAGGAGGGAAGCGAUAAAGAAUCCACUGCUGAAUCCGUGGCAUGCUCUACUCACGCUGCAGAUUCUACAUCAGACCUAAGGCCAGAGAGAGCUGAUGCUGAGCUGCAUGAGGAGUUUGAGAAGGACUUUGAUGACGCUACAAGUCACCAGUCAUCAACGAGCAGAAGUGAAAUACUGUCCGACUUUGGGCAGGAGGAAGUUGCCCAAGAGGAACAAGAAGAAGUUGUUAAUGUGCCUGAACACACUGAACCAGUCAAAGUGAAAAAGACAAAGUUAGUCAAGAUUCCAAAGCCUAUUAGAACAGAAGAAGUAGAGGAGGGUGAGUUUUCUGAUACAGAGUAUGAGGAGGUGACUGAUGAUUAUGAAUCUGAGAUAGAGUCAGGUGCAGAAGCUGAUCAGGAGGUGGAUGGAGUUGAAAAGGAUGGCGCCAUGUCUGAUGUAGAACACGACAAAGGUCCAGGAGAUGAGGCCUCAGAAGAUGACGUGCAAGGGGACGAGAAGGUGGAAUCAGAUGCCGAGGUUCAAUCAGACCGGGAAUCUGCGACUGAAACACAAUCUGUUGUGGCUGAAUCAGAGCAUGAGGCAAAAGAUGUUAUACAGUCUGAUGCAGAGGAAGUUGAGUCAGAGGUGGAGAAGCUGCCCAGUGAGGCAGAGGCGAUGGAGUCCGAAGUUGAAGAGGUGGUACAGAAUGAGAGUGGUAUGGCAGAGGUAGAGGAGGAGGAGACAGCAGAAGAGGAGAUGGAGACAGAAGAGCAAAACUCGGAGAAAGAGCACACCAAAGUUGAAGAGGGCAACACUGUACAGAGCAGGGAGGAGGAGGAAGUGGAGCGAGUCAUUAUUCAAGAGGAUGGCACUCUGGAUGACGAAGAUAAUGACGAACAGAAAGGUAGCAGAGACGAAGUGAUGGAAGUUGAGGAGGACAGUGAUGAUGUGAGAGUGAUUGAAAUUGAGAAAUCUGCUGGAGAAGAGGAAGAUAUCGUUGAAGAGGAUGAGGAAGAAGAAGAGGAAGAGGUGGAUGAAUUCGAGGCUUCUUUGGGGAAGCUAGGGCAAGAAUUGAAAGAGUCUGGUGUUGAUGUAUUGACCAGAAAUCAGUUGGAAAUCUUAGAACUUGAGAUGCGUGCUCGAGCGAUUAAAGCCAUGCUGAAAGCGACUGAGCAACGUGAAAAAGGUUUUAUUGCUAAGAAAAAAUCUGCUAAGUGAGCAUGGUGAGAAUUGAUGUAGACUUGAUAUAUGGUGUUAACACUGCCAGAGAUGCCAUUUUUGUGUAAUAAUCAUCUCGCUCAUUGCCCGAAGACAAGAGCUGGAGGUGAAUUUCCAACCUUGAGCCAGAAAUAACUGGUUCCUGUAACAAACCGUCCCUGACAACCUGUCACAGUUGUGAACUUAGCACGUUGUAGGAUUCUUAUGUUUCUGUUGUUAUUUCUUCUUAAAAUUCUCAUAUUUUGUGCUAUGUACCAGUAAAUAUUUUGUCUUUCUAAUUUGGUUAAUAUUGUACACGAUUGUGUUGUUAAUGUAAGAGUACUGGUAGAGAGAAUUGGUUUGCUUUCAAUUGUUCCGGUUGUUUCUUGUGGAGUUACAUGUAGACUGUUGUGGUAAACUUGGUGUAAAGAUUGCACAAAAUAACACUACUGUAUGAUGUGGCCAUUGUUGUGAUAUACAUGUAGGAUGUGGCAAUAAAAAUUUGAUAUUGUUUUGUAGAUAA